UUUACCCUUCAGACCUAUUUAUAUUUACUAUUUUUAUUAUUAAUUUGGUCACCUAUAAUUUUCUGCAGUUUUUCUCGUUUCAAAAUGAAAAUAACUCCGUAAUUUAAAUUCUAGUGAUCAUGUUUUAUUUUUACACCAAACCUUUAGUAGUUGCUUUUGAGUUAUAUAGUGUAAAAUGUGAAAAAGUUUUUUGAUUUGUAAUUUCAGAUAAGUUCCCCCAUAUUCUUUAUUGUUAUUAUGGAAUGGAUUAGGAAUAACACAUUUUUCCAAAAAAACAACAGAACAUCCAUAAAUUCAGAAGAUUGGGAUCCGCAGGCCUGUUUCGAUAGCUUCAAAGGGCACUGGGACCAGGCUCAAAAAAUAUUUCUACGAGUCCAGCAAUUGCCAAGUCACGAUGAUGUUUUGGGCGUUGUUAACCACCUAGAGCAAAUGGUUACCUUGCUUCUUUAUGAUUUAAAAAAGCUAGAUAGGAUUCGCAUGACUGUUAACUCAUCCAAAUGCGUAGAACACCUUCUAAAUAAUAAUAUACUGGAUAAAAUUUUUGAAUGGGGUACAAGAUCCGGAAAGUAUACAAAUGCUGUCAAGUGUGAACAAAUCAAGCUAUAUGAUACUCUAAUUGGACAAUCCAGGAAUUUACUAUUUGAGCAGGAUGCGUUUCUAAAGCCUUUAUUAAAAUUACUGCUUUCUUGCCAUGGAGAAGCAUAUUCAAAAGAAAUCAGCAGGCUCCUCAUUGACCUUUUGAAUCAAAUCAGUGCCUUAUUAGUUCAGCACCCAGAAUUAGUAAAACUAUUUAUUGUAUGUGAUAAAAAUGUUAAUAGGUUUAUAGUUUUUUCGUUACUGAUACCAUUUAUGCAUAAAGAGGAUGGAAUAGGCAUGAGGGCUAGGGAUGCCUUAUUGUUAUGCAUGUCUUUAUCAAAGAAAAAUGAAGAAGUAGCCUUGUAUAUAUUAGAGCACUCCAAUUUUUCUGUGUUAGUUGCAUCAGGUCUGGGUGGGCUAUAUUCUGUGUUACCUAACAUCAUUAGUGAUAUAAGUGUCCCAGAUUGGCAUAGAUUCACCCCAGACGAUGUCAGCGAAAUAAAAGGGUUACUGCACUUCGUAACUUCUUUAGAAUUUAGUAAUGCCAUAGCCCAAGUCGCACACCCUUCGAUACGACGGGAAUUACAAGAAUUUUUGUAUAGAGGAUUUUUAAUCCCAGUGCUCGGAGCCGCCUUACUGCAAAGCAAUGUACAAGAACAAGUGGCAGCUACAUCCUAUUUAGAAUUAAUAAUAAGAACCGUGACAGAGCCAGGGCUGCUACAUUCUGUUUUACGAUUUUUAAUUAAAGUCGAAUACGACGGGGAGAGACUGCUCAAUAUUUUAAUACAACGCAUACAAUCUAACAAUUCACAACUAUGUUUAGUUUCUUUAGCUGUAUUUGAAAGUAUGGUCGAUUUGGACUGUGAAGAUCUUCUUUUAGAGCUGGUUUUUAAAUAUUUGCAGCCAUGUUUUCAUGUAAUCAUAUCACAACGAAAACUUCUACUGCCUCUAAACCUCCUGUGUCCAAGUUUUGACAGACUUCUGUCUUUGGCGCCAAACUGUUUGGAACUACUUAACGGUACUUUGAAUUCUGAUGACAACUCAAUUAGCUGGAAGAAUUUCAAACAAAAAAGGAGCCUUUAUGGAACAUAUUAUGCUUAUCUAUAUGAUGCCAGACAUAAAAUUGAACAGUGUCAGAGGUCGUGUUCUAAUUGGAACAAUACUUACAGUGGUGAUAAGGAUAUAGAAGAAAAAUCAGACAGCUUUACAUCUUUGGAACGUAGUAGCGGAUAUGAAAGUUUUAACACGUUUGAUGAUGACUGCAACGAAGACUCCGAGUCUUGGUUGAUUUCGAACCAAAAGCAAAGGAAGCCAAAUACGAGCUUAAACUUGAACAAUCAUAUUCUGGAAGAUGCACCAACAGCAGGACCAUUUUUAACAAUCAUUUUUAACAAAUUGAAAAACUUUUUAUCCAACUCUAUAUAUGUCAAUUUGCACUUAACUGGACUUAUAACUAGAUUAGCGGUUUAUCCUCAGACAUUACUUAGAGCAUAUCUUUUAGACCAUAACUUGGUUUUGCAGCCAAAUGUACCUUCAAUUUAUGAGAUUAUUGGUAUCAUAAAGCAACAAAUAGAUGAAUAUAUGAAUCGCCAACCAAACAAAUGGAAUUUGUUGAAAUACGCACACGAUGUUUUAUUACAAAGGGAGAUUAUGUUAUUAAACAUUAGAAGUUACCAUUUAGACAAAUCACCAUCAAUGCAGCAGCAUCAAUACGAAAAAAAUGAAAUAUUCCAACGAAACGACUCAAAAAGAAGAAGCCUUAAUCUUCCGUCCUUAACAAGCAUGUUUGGAAGAAGAUCUAGCAAUAUAGAAAAUACUUUACCCAUGGCUCCUUCGCCUGACGAACUUCAAUUAAAUCUUAUCUAUCCUCAGUUUAAUGAAGGACAACAUGUGGCGGUCUGUGCUGUAUUACUUGGCGAAUGGGUUAAAGAAUUAGCCGCAUUAGCUCAAGAACACACCAUUGCACAAAUCGCAACCUUAAUAGAAUAGUACAAAAGCAACUUUAUCAAUUAUUUAUUAUGAAUAGCAAUAUUGUGCCACAAUGUUUAACGUUCCCAUUAGUUUAAUAACUGUUUUCGACCGUAUACUUUAUAUGGUGUUUUCUUCUUAGUGCAAUUUUAACGACAUUUUAUUUAUAUUAUUUUAUUAUUAAUUAUCAUUUUAGCUUACCUGUUAUAAAAUGUUUAAAGAAUUUUACAUAAUUUAUUUUGUUUUUAACUUUAUUGUAAGUAGACUGGUGAUACUUGCAUGUAUGUAUAUAUUUUUGGUGUUUACCUUUUUUGUGUAAUAAAAUGAUUUUUAAAUGA